UUGACAACUGGGAAACUCCUGCUCGAAUCCCCGAGAAAGAGAGGUGCAUCGUGUUGGCUUCCAAGUUGGAAAGGCCGAGGAACAGAAGGGUGUCCACGUCGCAGAGAGGAACGGCUUCUGCCUGUUUGACUUCACAGUGGGCGGGAGCCGUUCUAAAGUCGCCCGGGAAACUUGCUGUGGUGACGUCCAGGGCCGGGAAGAAGUGAGAAAGGGCCGUGUGAGCAUGCGCAGUGGCCACGUCUUCGCUUUUCCAGCCCAGUUCCUGUUUAGGCGAUGGUUUCGAUCCUGCCUGUCCUGGAAGGUGCUUCUGUGACUCAGCGCAGUCGGUGCACUGCUACCGGCUGACGGAGGUACCGUCGGGAAUUCCUUCCACCACCAAGAAGCUCUACAUCAGCCAUGGCAAAAUCCAGCACCUUCAGGUAUCUAACUUCACCCAAAUGUUGGCUCUAGAAGAUUUUAUUCUGUUGGCUAGUGGAACAGAGUCAGUAGAAAAGGACACUUUCAAAACUCUGGGUACUUUGAAGACCUUGGAAUUCUGGAAAAAUAAAUUAAGACGAGUCCCCACUACUCUCCCAGCCAGUCUUGAAGUGUUAAAACUAAAUGAUAAUUCAAUAUACGUCCUACACGGAUCUGAUUUUGAAGGACUGGAGAAAUUAAAAAUCCUUGAACUUAAAAACAAUCUUCUCUCUUCCCUCUCUCCCAGCAUGCUCUCCUCCCUUGUCAGUUUGCAGAGUUUGGUGCUAGAUGGUAACAAUAUCGAGUCUGUAGCUGGACCCCUGGAACUUCCCCAUCUGACACGGAUGAGCAUGGAGAAUAAUCAGCUACAUCUCAUACCAGCUGGCUUCUUCACUUCUCUCCAGUCUCUGCAAUUUCUCAGUUUCAGUAGUAACUUUCUGACUAAAGUUCCUAUUAACCUGCCCAAAUCCUUGCUCUCUUUAAAAAUGGAGAGAAACCGGCUCAAAGUGAUAAGGUUUCGAGAUAUGAAACAUUUGGAGAAUCUUUCCCAUCUUUACCUGUCAGAAAACUUGCUCUCUUCCAUCGAUGGGGCACAGCUCCUCACCAAUUUAACUACUCUUGAGUUGUCCCAAAACCAGCUUCCAACGUUGCCCCUCAGACUACCAGCAAGGCUCCAAAAGCUGGAUAUUAGCAAUAAUCUGAUUCAGAGAGUUACAGUGCAAGAUUUCCAGGACCUCCGAGAAUUAAAGCAUUUGUUUCUGGACAACAACACUGUCAGCUUGUUUGAAGCUGGAGCCCUGCAGAGGUGUUCCCAGCUGUCCAACCUGGCCCUGGAGCAGAACCUGCUCUUAUCUAUACCUCUAAGACUCCCAGGAACCUUAGCCAGGUUGGACCUAAAAGGCAAUGCCAUUCGGGAUAUUGCUGAGAGGGAGCUCAAAGAUCUGAAGCAGCUGCAGGUCCUAAAUCUUAGGAACAACAAGAUCUCUGCCUUAGACCUCAGAGCCUUGGAGGUACUGCCUCGCCUCAGGCACCUGUAUCUAGAUGGAAAUCCGUGGAAUUGCACCUGCAGUCUCCUACGAGCCAGGGAGGUCCUGAAGGCCAAGGGCACAGAUGUGAGGGGAGGGCAAUGUGCAGCACCCGCUGAGCGACAAGGGGAGAGCUGGAUGUCUUCCAAGAAGAUCCUGAGGCAAUGUGAGCAUCUCCUACAUCAGACCAAGAAAAGCAAAGAGGUCAAAAAGAAACCAAAGCCUGAAGAGCACUCGAGCAUCCGAAUCAACAUGGAUGAUGAUUACUAUGAUUAUGAGAUUGAUUAAGGAUGAGCUUUGUUUACAGUUUAGAAAAAGGUUUUGUUUCUUUUUUAAAAUACUUUGAUUUUUCAUGUUCAAUCUCUUAAGCAGAAAUAUGCGAUACAUUUAGAUAUUGCAAAACUCUUUUUCUAAAUAAGUUUUUCUUUUUUCUUUUUAAGAAUGAAAUGAGAGUUAAGAUAAGUUGAGGUAGGGGGAGGAAAGCAGAAAGGAACAAUAGUCAGAAGAUGUAAGAUUCCUUCCACGUUACAAGUAAUUUGUUGGUAUUUCAUACUGAAACCUAGAUGAAUAGUAACGCCCAAUAAAAUAUCCAACUGGCUAACUUCCUGCAAA